AUGUUUGAAUGUGGGGUAUGUGACAAUUCUUAUCUUUCAUGUGAUAUUUUAUUUACAGAUGAUUGGAUUAUGAUAGAAUUUAGGGGUGGGGACCCAUAUGGUGGUCAUUGUUCAAGAGAAAAAAGAAAAGCUGUCAUUAUUAUUAUAUGUAACCCAAAUGCUGAUGACGUAAAAGAAAACAAUUUAAAAUAUACAGAUUGUUAUUAUCUAUUUGAAAUAUCACAUAAAGAUGCUUGUGGUGUACCAAUAGAUAUUAAAAAGUCUCUAAGUGUUGGUUCUAUAGUUUUAAUAGUAAUGGCCAGUGUAAUAGCCUUAUAUUUAUUACUAGGAUUCUUAUACCAAAGAUUUGUGUUGCAUGCUAAAGGAAUGGAACAGAUACCUAAUUAUGCCUUUUGGCAAGAUUUUGGCAACUUACAGGCGGAUGGCUGUAAUUUAGUGUGUCGUAGCAUGUCUAAGAGUAGAUCACUACCCUAUAAGGGAAUAGGUGAUGAACAGUUAGAAGAGGACCUAGACCGAACAGAUGAUCAUUUAUUACCUAUGUAA